AUGAGGACCCCAAUCCUGGUCGCUGCCCUUCUCUGGCUCCGGGGAAUUUGGGCAGAGAAAGAUGAAUGCCACUCCCUGGAAGGGGGCCCAGCUGGGGAGGGUGGAGGACCAUCUCUGACAGCAAACAUCAGCAGCCAGGGGCAGCCAACCAGCUUCACUGUGAGCUGGGAAGCUCUAGAGCCCGGAAGGUCCGACCAUGCCCUCCGCCUCACCCACCUGAGCCCCCUUGGCUUGCCCCAAGGGCCCCAGUUCCAGGUCCACACCAAUGCAUCCAGCUUUGAGUUUCAAGACCUGGUGCCAGGGACCCACUACCAAGUGGAAGUGACUGCCCUUCGACCUUGUGCACAAAAUGCCACCGUCACCCUCACUGCCCGCACUGCCCCAAUGACUGUCCGUGACCUGCGGUUCCAGAGCUCUGGGGGCCCAUCCAGCUUGACAGCCUCAUGGGGCGCUGCUCCUGGGGAGCAGGAUGGUUACCAACUUGUCCUCUUUCAUCUGGAAUCCCAGAGCGUGGUGCACAAUGUCUCCAUUGCGCCAGGCAAUCUGUCCUACAGCUUUGGCAACCUCUUGCCAGGGAGCAUGUAUAUCUUGGAGGUGACCACUUGGGCUGGCAGCCUCCAAGCGAAGACCAGCAUCCAGCAGUGGACAGCCCCCGUAUCUCCAGGGCUCCUGGAGCUGCAUGCGGUGGGCACCCGUGCCCUGCACGCCUCCUGGAAUGGCUCGGAGGGGGCUACCUCGAUCCACCUUUUACUCACAGAUCUUGUGGAUGGCACCAAUCUGACUGCAGUAGUCGGACAGGAGGUCUCUAACUACACCUUCCUUCACCUCUCUCCGGGUACCCCCUAUCAGUUGGUGCUUACUUCUGUUGUUGGGCCACAUCGGACAGUGGGGCCCAACAUCACUGAAUGGACCUACCCCUCCGCCCCCCAGGAACUAGUGCUGACCCCUCUGCCCCCAGAGCUCUGGGCAAGCUGGAAGGUUGGACCAGGUGCCCGGGAUGGCUACUUGCUGAAGUUAAGUGGGCCAGUGGAAAAGACUGUCACUCUGGGCCCUGGGGACCUCAAUGUCACAUUCCCAGGGCCCCUGCCUGCUGGACACUAUGCUCUGGAGCUGAGGGUUCUGGCUGGACCCUAUUAUGCCUGGGCUCAGGCUAGUGCCUGGCUGGAUGAUCCUGCAGCCCAGCAUAGAAACAGCCAUGGCGCCACUCUACAGCUGGAUGGACUGGUAGCAAGCAGGAUGCUUGGGAGACGGGCACUGCUGUAUGCUAAGGGCACAUCAGAGCUCCUUGGAAAUAUCUCUGUGCCAGCUGGUGCCACCCAUAUCACCUUCUGUGGACUUGUGCCUGGGGCCCAUUACCAGGUGGACAUUGCCUCAUCUCAAGGAGUCAUCACUCAGAGCCUCACAGGCCACACAAGGCCACUGGCACCACAGUCACUGGAGGUGACCUGCAGGGACAACCCAUUUGAGCUGGCCAUUGGCUGGACCCCAGCACCAGGACAACGGAAAGGCUACAUGGCCACCUGGCACCAAAAGGGUAGCCAGAGGUCACUGGGAAAUCCUAUCACUUUGGCCCCAGAUAGUACCAACCUGACUCUGAGGGCUCUGGAGCCUGGCUCCUGCUACACUGUGUCUGUCUGGGCCUGGACAGGGAAUCUCAACUCCAGCAUCCAAAGGACUCAUGCCUGCACUGUCCCUGCUCCUCCUGCCAACCUGAGCCUGGGCUUUGCCACCCAGCCUCCUGCCCUGAUGGCUUCCUGGAUUGCCCCACCGGGAGGCAGGGAUGGUUUCCGGCUGUACCUUUACCGCCUGAGGCCUCUGACUCUGGAAACCAAGGAAACCCUGGCUCCAGAGGCCCAGAACUUCUACCUGACCCAGCUGUCCCCCGGCACCAAGUUCCUGGUGUGGCUGGCUACCCUUCAGGGUCCAGAUGAGAGCAACAGUGUCAAUGCCACGGGCUGGACGCCUCCCCUUGCACCUCUCCUGGUCAACGUGACCACUGGAGGUCCCACCCAGCUCUGGGUAUCCUGGGUCCAUGCUCCUGGGGGCCGGGACAGCUACCAGGUGACUCUGUACCAGUCAGGCAUCUGGGCGGGCACCACCACUGUGGGUGCCGAAGUGGACAGCACCAGCUUCUCAGCUCUGACUCCAGGCACUGAAUACAAGGUGGAGGUGCUGUCCAAGGCGGGACCCCUCCAGGCUUCGGCAGCCAAUGUCUCCGCCUGGACCUCCCCGAUCUUGCCCAACGAGCUGCUGGUGUCAAUGCAGGCAGGCAGUGCCACGGUCAACCUGGCCUGGGCUGACAGCCCCCUGGGGCAUGGGGAGUGCCAGGCCCAGCUCUCAGAGGCUGGUCACCUCUUCUGGGAGCAACCCCUGGUGCUGGGUCAAGCCCUUCUCAAUCUGAGGGACCUCACACCUGGACGCAGCUUCUCCCUGUCAGUGCUGUGCCGGGCGGGGCCCCUCCAGGCCUCCACUCACUCCGUGGUGCUGCCUGUUGAACCUGACCCUGUGGAGGAUGUGCAAUGCCAGCCCGAGGCCACCCACCUGAGCCUGAACUGGACGGUGCCCACCGGGGAUGUGGGCGCCUGCCUGGUGGCGGUGGAGCAGCUGGCAGCAGGAGGGAGUGCUCACCUUGUCUUCCAGGCCAAUAUCUCUGGGGGUGCUCUGCUGUUGCCCAACCUGAUGCCUUCCACCUCCUACCGCCUCAGCCUCACCGUGCUGGGCAGGAACGGGCUGCAGAGCCGGGCAGUCACCCUGGUGUGUGCCACUUCUGCAAAAGCCUGGCAUCCCCCAGAGUUAGCCCUGGCCCCCCAGCUCGAGCCUGAGAAGGGGAUGGGAGUGGUGAUCACACGGGGCAUGUUUGGCGAGGACGAUGGCCAAAUCCAGUGGUACGGCAUCAUUGCCACCACCAACAUGUCAUUGGCUAAGCCUCCCCAGGAAGCCAUCAACCACACCUGGUAUGACCACUUCUAUGGAAGACACGAUUCCUACCUGGCCAUUCUGCUCCCCAACCCCUUCUACCCAGGGCCCUGGUCGGUGCCGAGAUCCUGGACGGUGCCUGUGGGGACAGAGGACUGCAGCCAGACCCAGGAAAUAUGUAAUGGUCAACUGAAGCCAGGUGCCCAGUACAGGUUCAGCAUUGCCGCCUUUACCAGGUCCAGUCCCCCUGAGCCCGUCAUCUCUUUCUCGGCCUUCUCAGAGCCCCGGGCCAGUGUCUCCCGGGUGGCAAUGCCCCUCCUGCUGGUGGCAGGCAUCGCGGCUGGCGGCAUCCUAACCAUCUGUGCUGUGCUGGGCCUGCUGUGCUGGCAUCGAGCAAAGAGGCAGAGGGCUGAGAAGAAUCCAUUUGCUCAUGAGCUGACCACAUACAACCUGUGGACCCACCGGCCCAUCCCCGUGCAAAACUUCCGGCAGAGCUACGAGGCCAAGAGUGCCCACAGGCACCAGGCCUUCUUUCAGGAGUUUGAGGAGCUGAAGGAGGUGGGCAAGGAGCAGCCCAGACUGGAGGCUGAACAUCCCACCAACGCCUCCAAGAACCGCUACCCCCACGUGCUGCCCUAUGACCACUCUCGGGUCAGGCUGACCAAGCUGGAGGGAGAGCCCCAUUCUGACUACAUCAAUGCCAACUUUGUUCCAGGUUACACCCACUCGCAGGAGUUCAUCGCUACCCAGGGGCCUCUCAAGAAAACGCUGGAGGACUUUUGGAGGCUGGUGUGGGAGCAGCAGGUCCACAUCAUCGUCAUGCUGACCGUAGGCAUGGAGAACGGGAGGGUACUGUGUGAGCAUUACUGGCCGGCUGACUCCAUCCCUGUCACCUACGGCCCCAUCACCAUUCACCUCCUGACUGAAGAGCCAGAGGAUGAGUGGACCAGGCGUGAAUUCCAGCUGCAGCACGGUUCAGAACAACAGCAGCGGAGGGUGAGGCAGCUGCAGUUCACGACCUGGCCUGACCACAGCAUCCCUGAGAGCCCCAACGCCCUGCUCACCUUUGUGGCGCUGGUGCGGAAGCAGGUGCGCGCCUUCAAGGGCCCGGGGCCCAUCCUGGUGCACUGCAGCGCGGGCGUGGGCCGGACCGGCACCUUCGUGGCCCUGAUGAGGCUGCUGCAGCAGCUGGAGCAGGAGCAGAUGGUGGAUGUGUUUAACGCUGUGCAUGCCCUGCGGCUGCACCGGCCCCUCAUGAUCCAGACCCCGAGCCAGUACAUCUUCCUGCACAGCUGCCUCCUGCACAAGAUUCUGGAGGGGCCCGCGGACACCUCAGAGUACCGGCCCAUCUCGGUGAAGAACUUGGCGCAGGCCUGUGCCAGGAGGGCGGCCAACGCCAACGCCGGCUACUUGAAGGAGUACGAGCUCCUGCUCCAGACCAUUAAGGAAGAGGCCGGCUCUCUCGCGCCCCCUCCUGGCUACGCGCAGGACAGCAGCGUCCCGCACGAUCAUUCUCAAGCUCUGUUUUCUCCUUUGGAGGAGAAUCCCUCAGAAGAGAUGCCCGAAGCCUGGCUCUUUCCUGGCGGUCCUUCUGGACGAGACCACGUGGUUCUGAGAGGCCCGACCCGGCCGAGGGAGCUCUGGGAGCUGGUGUGGGAGCACAGGGCCCACGUGCUGGUCUCCUUGUGCCCACCCAACGUGCAGGAGCAGCCUGAGGAGUUCUGCCCCACAGAGAUGCAUCCUAUCGUCACGGAUGUGGUGACUGUGCACUGGGUGGCCGAGAACAACACGGCGGGCUGGCCCUGCACUGUGCUCAAGGUCACACACGAUAAAAGCAGGAAAGAGAGGCAGGUACAGCGGCUGCAGUUUCCGUCCUGGGAUCCGGGGCAUGAGCUGCCCACCACCACCGCCCUGCUGCCCUUCCUGACGGCUGUGGGUCAGUGCUGCUCCCGGGGCAAGAGCAAGAAGCCGGGCACGCUGCUAAGCCACUCCAGCAGGGGCAUGGCCCAGCUGGGCAUCUUCCUGGCCUUGGAGCAGCUGCUGCAGCAAGCAGGUGCUGAGUGCAUCGUGGACGUCUUUAACGUGGCCCUACAGCAGUCGCAGGCCUGUCGUCUCAUGACCCCAACGCUGGAGCAGUAUAUCUACCUCUACAACUGUCUAAACAGCGCACUAGUGGAUGAACUUUCCUGA